GAAUAUUUUUACAAUUUACUCAACGUUUAUUCACUCAAUAUCCCCGGAUUUCCUUGUAAAAAAUUUGAAGAGAAAAUUUAUUACUGAUCUAUCAUCUUGGAGUACGGGGCCAAUAUACAGAGAAGAAAAGUUUGGUGGAAAUUCAACUACUAGUGUGGAUUUGUGUGGAUCCGUAUUGUUAAUGAACAAUUAUUUGGGACACAAAUUGUUGGAAAAUGAAUACGGAAAUAUCGAAUGAGCAUUUAGAGACUUUGGCUGGUCAUGUUUUUGAUAAUGACAAGCUGGUCACCUACAAAUGGCUAAGCAAAGAGAUGCAUGUUCAUGUUAAUAUAGCAAAACAAAUCUUGUGGAACUUUUAUCAAAAAUAUCAAAGUAACAAUAACCUAGAAUGCACAUAUUUACUGAUAGGUCAUCUAAAGAAGAAAGGAAUGAGUGUAGAAGUUGUUAAAGGAUCCAAUUUAUCUGAGGCUAAAAAAAAAUUCAGUAAAAUUAUCUCAGAGCAUGUCUAUAGUGUACACAGGCCAAUUGCAGAUCUGGAAUUACUUGCUACUUCUGGUUCAGGUGAUGCAACUUACAGUGCUAUAAAAUGUGAUGCUUGCAAAGAGCGAACUGACGAAGAAAUGCAACUAUUACGUUGGGGUACAACUGCUAAAAAAGUUACAAUGGAAAAUGUGACAAAUUUAAAAUCUACAAUUUCGACAAAUCCAUCAAAGGUAGAAAAGAAUCCAAAGACAACAAAGAAAAAUGGAUUUAAUAAUUUAUUUAACAUGACAGAAAAAUCAAAGAGUUCUGAAAAAUUAAAAUCAUCUUUCCAAGAAAGUGAUGGAGAUUCAAUGAAAAAAGGAAAAAAUACUGUAAAAAAAAUUCAAAAUUUAACUGAGAAAAAUAAAAAUUCUACAGCCAAUUCUACUACUAAAAAAAUAUUCCCACAAAAUGACUCUAAAAAGGGAAACUUGGAUAAUUUUUUUGGGAAGCUGCCCUCUCUUCCAAAAUCUGCAGAAGUAAUAUCAUCGGGAAAGAAAAAUGAUAAUGCCGAAAAAGAAUUUAUCGAAGGAAAAGUAAUUAAAGAAAACAAGAAUUCACAUGGAAAAAAGCGGAAUAGAAGUAAAGAAACAAAUGAAGUUGCUAAGAAACGGAAAAGAAUUGUUAUACAGAUUGAUUCUAGUGAUUCAGAGAUACAAAGUGAUAUAGAGAUGGAGGAGUCGGUUCCUGAAAUGGAACCAGAAAUUUCUAUAAAAGUAAAGAGUCCUUCUCCACCAAAAGUAAAACAUGAAAAUGGUAAAAGAAAAGUGUUGAAGUUAAUUAAUAGAACUUAUAAAGAAGGUGAAUAUAUUGUAACAAAGAAAGAACAUGUUUAUGUAAGUUGUUCUGAAGAUGAGAAAGAAAGAGAAGAAGAGACAAAGAGAAAAGAGCAGAAAAAAACAGAAGCCAAAAUGGAAAAAGUGAAAAAAAAGCAGUCUACACUUACAAAUUUCUUUAAAAAAUGUUAGAAUUGUUUUAAAAUUGUCGAAAUAAAUAAAUUGCUCCAUCAGAUGUGAAUACCGGGAAUACUGCAACUAAAUAAUUAAUGAUGAGGAUAUUACACUUUGUCAAAGCAAAAUCAAAUCACAUUUUGCUUAAACUAAAAGACAAAAAAAUUCACGAAAUCUUACACAAAAAUUCGAUCAUUUUGAGGGGGAUGCUGUUCCAUAAUAAAGGAUAUCUAUAAAAUAGACAUUCUACUAUAACCUUGUUUCGCUAUAUACAUUGUCAGUACUAAAAUAUAUAAUUCACGAUAAAAGUAUAUUAUAGAUUUUCAGUACUGAAAGUAUAUCAGGACACGGUCUAUAUUUAGUAGU